AUUGUGUUUUUCCUAUUACUAAAAAUGAGAAAAUAAUUAAAUUAAGUAGGUAUACAAAAACACACUCUAUAAAACGUCACCAGUUAUGGCACGUCAAUUGAAAUAAACAGAAAGCGAUUUUUGCUAUUAAACUUAUUCUUCUACGUCAAAUCUUUAAACACAACUGUCCGAGAUGGUAAUGGAAACGAAAACUACAAGUAAGACAAGUUGUCUGAAAGCUCUUUUGCUAAAAGCCUGGCGUGAACGCUGGACUGACUUGCAGUGGGGCAUUAACAUUAAAACGGUUUUGCCGAGAGGCGUUAGUGGCGAUGUUUAUAACUUAGCUGAUUGCAUUUUACAACAAGCUGUAGUCGGUGCAGGCGCCAAUCAGUUAGUUUUGAGUUAUUUGAGACAUUCGUUGAGUGCUCAGUUAGUCUCACAUGCAGCUGUUCUUCAACGUCUCAGUAAAUACAACCAACUGAGUAAAGUUCACUGCGUGUUUAGUUUACUUGAGUUUCUUGAGGGCAUGCUUCCCGGUGUAACGUGUUGUGGCAAAGCUGAAGAAACUGUUCUUGCUACAGCAGUUUUGUCAAUAGCUUGUUGGCUCUUGACUAUUCUAUUGCAGUGCAAAGGCACCGCUCAUUUGACACAAAAAGCGUCGUUUUUGCUCACUACGCUCAUGAAUGAUGAUUUCUAUGUUUCGAUGAUGUGUUUAGCGAGAUACAGCGAUCCAGAAUUAUUUACUGAAACUAACCGCAAAUGUAUUGAAUUAAGGGCGUCAUUAUCUGAUUCUGAUGAUUUAUCAAAAUGUAUUAAAAAACUGGAAAACAUCGACGUUAACAUUUUAAGCUUGCCUAUUAACAGCGAGAAAUGGCCAGGUGCUUUGAUCCAGUGUUGGUUGGAAGUGAAACUCGUGGGUAAUCCCGGGGCUUCCACUAAUUCCUUAGCUGAACAGUUGAGGCUUUUCCAAAAACUCAAAGGUUUUGAUGGCCCUCGCUUAUUUGCUGAAUUGAUGAGAGGUAGCCUCUUGGCUUUGUAUGACGUAAAUCAGACCUCGCAUGAGAGCCAAUGGGGGGCUUUCGCCUUUUUAAAGGUACCUCAUAUUCUUCUCGAAUUGGCUGGCAAAAAUGACAGUAACAGUAUUGUUAGUGCAAUUGAAUUAAUGCUGCAACACAGCCCCCUAUUAGACGCAAUGGACGCAAAUAGCUCUUGUUCGAGUUUAGAAUGUCUUUUAGGGGAAUUAGUUAAAGCGAGGUUGAUUACUGAAGUGCAAGUUAAACAUUUGUUGGAGAAGAGAAAACCACCAGCGUCUGUGAAGUUGGAUACAGCCCCAGCCACGGCGGGGAUUCCCAAAGUUAUUAUUUGUGCAGAACCCACUCUUGCAGGGAUUCUUAAAACGCUAUCUACAGAUUACCACAAAAUACAGGAUCCCCUUUUGGGAAUGUUACAUCAAGUAUUGACUGGAAAAAGCUUUGAGUUGAUUCUAGCUGUGGCUACUGUCCAAGGCCAGCUGCGAAUCUUGGUUACAAGACUGAUUCGUUUUAACGAAUGUUCAAAGUCAGGCGGAGAUAAAGCUAGGGCUCAAUUGUUUGACAUAAGUUUCUUAAUGUUGGUCGCUAUAGUUCAAAACUAUGGAGCAAAUGCAGUUUUGGACCCUGAUGGAGAAUCACUUUUUGAGCAGUGGGUCAAGUCGUGUAUGGUUGAACGUCAAAGGCCGAAAGCGCCUGAACAACUUCUGCGUUUAGGAGACCCUGACACAAUUGAAAUGCUUUUGCAACAGUUCAACGCCGGCGAAUCUGACUUCAAACCGAACAUCAAAUGGCAAGAUGUACUCUUUAAUAUACCUGGAGUUAUGCAUGAGGUUUUGGUGGCUUGGGAACAAGGUGCUUUGGUGCCUUCGGACGUGAAGCGGAUCUUGGACGCCGUCCGUGGCCGCAUGUGUUCUCUUCCAUUGGCCGCGGCGGCUUGGCUUUGUGCUUACAUGCGGACAGCCCCUCAGGAAAACCUCCUUAAACCGGUGAAUAUGGUGCAACAGCUUCUAGCGCCACCAGCGGCCGAGGAAGACAGUUUGAGGGAGCGGUGGCAACUUACGUGCGAGAUAAUUCGGAAAAUGCAGCGCGAUGUCCAGUUGCCUCUCCAGACUAAAAGUAGUCACCACUUGAUUUCAAGACAGCCCGCUAUUGAACAGUUGCAUGCGGCGUGGUCGAGGGCUAUUCGUAGAGGAUGGCUGGAUCACAGCUCCGCUAAAACCUUACACUGUUUGCUGGAUACAGCCGGUCCUAGAUGGCUCGUGUCAGCAGUCAUACAAGAAAUGUUAAAGCUGAGGUAUCGCGAUCAGUUGCAAAGAGGCGUUGAUUUGGCUUUGGCAGCGUUCCAUGUUGAUAUCAGAGCAUGCACUUUGGAGCUAUUAUCUCAUGUUUUGCCCCAAAUGUUGUAUAACGAUCUCCAGGCAGAUUCGCUAAUGGAGCCGCAUUUAAUAGCCUUGGCUUACUUGACAAGUUAUUGUGUAUACACAGCGUUCGAUGCGUUUUCAGAAGAACCUGAAGAACCAAUGGCAAAAGUCGCGCGACUUAACGAGGGUGAGGAUGGUACACUAAUAGAGCAACUAAUUUCAGCUCUGAGACAACUGAUGACAAUUUUUGAGGAUGGUAUCCAAGAAGGUUACAUAACUCAACAAACUUAUUUCGCUUUUUACUUAAUUAAAAGUCUCGUUGAGGUUAAAGUUAACUCAGCAAGUGCUUUGCUAGCUGCAAUACCGUCGGCACUUGUGACAGAUUUGCUUCGUACUCUUCCCGAACUUUUCACAUACCCAAUUUUAUUGCAUCUACAUGAUGUUUUUAAUACUCACGGUCGAAAUAACAUGGCGAAGGACUUAUGCAUAUUACGAAAUUACCAUUUGAGGAACGUUUCUCAAGAGAAUAACUAAGAAUUUUAAAAUAGAGAUGAUUUUAUUUGAAUAAAGCGUAAUUAAAGAAGACUUCAAAAUUAAGUUUAUUUUUUAAAAUCUUGGACAUGCUUACAUAAAAUAAAACUUUUCAGUUUCAACGAACAUGACAUAUCCUGAUGCAUUCAAAUAAAGACAAAUGUUUAAUACCUGCAGCAAAUUAUAUACUCGAUAAAUUGAUGUACAUGAAUUAUAUAAAUGUAAACCUAAUGUCCAUCUUAUUAUAUACAUUUGAAAUAA